GUCCGGCUUUGAGUUUUAUAAUACUGACAUUAGUGAACGGGAAGGCAGAAGGACAGUGUCGCGCAGCUCAUUCGCCUUCUCAACACUACACGGUUUCUCUUCCUUUGUCGUUUGUGUUUUUGAAGUGCUCGCAGAUCUGGGUGUUGCUGACUAAAGAAACAGAAAGUACAGUGAAGCUGCUGUCAGACUGAAGAGCAUAGAGACGCAUCUCGAUACUUCGCUGGAUACAGAAGAUCAACGGGAUAAACGUGUUUGAGGAUGGAGGAGGAAGCACCAGUCAAGCCGUCAGUGGCUCAGCUGGCUGGAAAACUCAAAGGUCAUGCACUGCCAAUGCCAGGAAACAUGGAGGUGAAAUCUAUGAGAAGAGGCCCAUGUUCUCUGGUGAUAAACAACCAAAAAGAUGAAGAACAUGAAGAGAAGUCAUCUGUCUGUCCUCAUCCUCCUAAGAUGAAGAUAAAGAGUUCACCCCUCAUUGAAAAACUACAGGCCAAUCUUGCUCUCUCUCCAACUGUCCUUCUCUCCCCACCUAAAAGUCCUGAGUCCAAACAGCCGCCCACUGCCUCCAGUCCCAUCAGCUCCUGCAGCUCCCUGAGCUCCACCCUGCAGCCCCAUCAGCUGUCCUGUGAAGAUGAGGCACCGGUUAGCUUCGAGCAGCCGGUUGAGGGGACUCCGCUGCUCAGCAUCAACAAGAGUCGAGCUAGACUGUCAUUUAAGCGACGACUGCCCACGCGACAACACAGGAAGUCCGCAUGUGAGGAGACAAAAUGGAACGAGGGAAAUGACUCUCCGUGUGAACCAGAUAGUCAACAGCAGAAUGGAGAUGAAGUGGAAUUGUUUGGUGGGCCUUCGCAGGAGGAUGCAGAGGAUAAAACAAACUCUGUUCAACCCACCAAUGGCCCACAACAGGAAAAAGACAGGACAGAGCACUUAGAUGUACCCCAAGACAAUGAGGGGACUGAAGUAACCCAUAUAGGAAAUAAGGAGGAAGUAACUGAGGGAGGAUAUGAACCUUCUGACUGUAAACAGACCCAAGAAGAAGAGAAGGAAGAGACAGAAGAGGACAGGACAGAAGUGAAAGAGGACAUGGAAGUGCUGGGUGCAGAGAACAACCCAGAAUAGAACAGGGUAAAGAUCAUCAAAAUGUUUUUUUGUUUUUUUUUUAAUUGCAAGAUAAGCAUUAAUUUAGCAACUGAAUAGUGAGAAGGUUUUUGCAGACAAUGGUUGAAUUAAUGGAGUUUCUAACAAACAUUCAGGUGGAUUUGCUGAGAAUAGGCUCCAGUACAGAUGAAGAGAGACAAUGUCUGAUUGCCAGGAUUAAAUUGACCAUAUGCAUAGAGCGUUUUUUAAAACUUUCGCAUAAUGAUAAGCCAGCUCAUAAAAUUCCGUUGUAGCUCAUUUUAUAUGUGCUAUAUAUAGGUGGAGACUCUUGAGACCGCUCUCCUGCCUCGUUCUUAUCAGAAACUGAGAAAAAUACUAAUUGCAACAUCGUAAAUAAUAAUAGCGGCAUGAACAUGAAGUUUUAUAUCUUUUAACAACAUGUACUUUAAAUGCAGAGCCUGGUAAUCCCAGAGGAGUACCUAGACACGUAGUUGUACAUUUACAUGCUGACAGCUAAACGCUGUCUAAACUGUUUAAUCUAACGUUAGCAAGCUAGAGAUGCUUCUCAUCAACGACAUCUUAAUAGUAUUUGUGAUAAUCAAUAACUUGCUUUCAUAGUCAUGAACACAUUUUUAAAAUCGUGUAAUAUUUUAAAGCCUUUAUUAUUUCUACAGCUGUGCAGUAAAAUUCGCUUCAAAGAUUCACUUUUCAUUCAUAGACACAACAUGAAAAAAUGUCUUUUCACGAAAAACAACGACUUUUUAAGAUGAAAAUUACAUAAAAUUACCCUUAACCAGAAGAUGGCAGCAGAGGAUCACUCAUUAGCUGCAGCUGCCAUUUCGACUCCCUAGUUUUUUCAGAUCUUGCUGUUUGAUUUAUUAUAAAAUUACUAGUAUAACAAAUUUUAGUGCUUUUACCGCACUGAAGUUAUAUAGUAUAGCAAGUGCAGAAAGUUCAAACACAAACAGCCUAUAAGGGUGAAUUAUUUAAAUACUUAUUUAUAGUUCACUACAAAUAUAUAAGAAUUAAAUAAUGCAUUCAAUAUGAAUCGGAAAUAUUUUAGAUUUAAUUUAUUAACUACAUCUUUUAAGUUUUAUCUUGAACUGUAAAAGCUAUUAAAUAGCCUAUAUUCAACCAACACAAACUUGUUACUGCUGUAGUUUUGUUACUCUGAAUUUAGUCUUAAUUAUUUAAUGCACAGCUUUAUUUUUGACAUUGGCUUGUCAGAUGAUUGGUUCGGUUAUUACUGUCAAUCAUAGCAAUGACUCGCAGCAUAUUUAGCGGAUUUACUCAUUCUUGAAAUGGUAUACAUGGACGUUUGGUCCUCUUAAACAAAUGAUUUUUUUUUCUUCGAAUUGUGAAUUUCUUCGAAUUGUGAAUGAGAUUAUGUAGAGAAAAUGAGCACUCUUAUUACGGCACAGUACAGCUGAGCGAAAAUGACUGAGCUGGCUUGUCUAAAACAAGGAAGUAAUCCAUGCACAUGGUCUCUUUUAGGACUGUGGAUUUGCUAAAGCAAAUAUUACACAAAGGGUUAGAUUUUAUCAACACACUCUUAUGGCAAUUUGUAACUAUGUAUGUUGGUGGGUGAAUUUGUAUAAUCUUAUUUGUAUGUUUUUGCACCCCACUGCUGGUUGGGUUAAAAAAGAUUUUUGUUCAAAUCAGAUUCAAAAUUUGCCAUCAACUGCAAAAAUGUCUAACAACUACCUUUUCUUAAGAGAUCAGGUGGAAUUUUACAGCUAAAAUGAGGCCAUUAUAUCAAACCCUGAGUUUCUAUUCAAACUCUGUAGGGUAUGUCUGAGUUAUUUAUAUGCCUCAAUUACCUUGCUUGCUUUUACUUUUAGAUAAACUAAUGUUGAAUUCUUAUUUGCUGUUCAGAGAACAAGGACGCUUUCACCUUUGGAAAGCAUUCUGCAUUAUAAAAGUGCUUUUCCAGCCUUUACCCUAUUUGAAUAUUCAUGUGAUUCAGUUUACAAAAUGACAAAUAUGACUGAAAUAGGUGUAUUUUUAUUGACUGUCAGGUAAUUUGAAAUAUCUGACAUGCCUCUGUGACAGUCCUAGGCUCUGUAAACAGCAAAAGUUGACUAGAAAAGCUUCUUGAAAACCUCAGAAAUGCUUCUUAUCUGUCAGUCAUUUUGAGUAUUUAGAUUUACUGACAUUGAGUUGGCUGAGAGGGUUGUGGAGAGGGUGUUUGGUUAAAGUUGCAAAAUCACAAGUCACUAACUGCACUUUUAUUUUCUGAUGGUUAUUGAAAUUCAUAUUUUUUUACAUCUAGCAAAAAAAAUGAUAAAUAAGAUAAAUACAAAGAAUAUAAGGAACAUAGUGGCAGAUAUAUUGCAAGAGCCAAAUUUACCAGCAUUCUCCACUGCUGCUAUGCAAAGAUACUUUAAUAUUAAAUAACAUGCCUGGAAUGUAUCACUGUGAUUGCAAAGCUACUGUACUGCAUCAAUGACCUUUUACUUCCCCAUAUAAGACUGAAUAAAGAGCUUUAUUUACACCUA